UGCGCCAAAUAAAGAAGCGCACAUGGCCCGUGACAGCUGUGCGCACCGAGAAACCCGAGACAGGCUUCUGAAGGGCCCAAUCCCUGAAUUCCCAGAGACCCCUAAGCGCUUCACCAGACCACCACACGAACGGAAAAGACGACGCAACUCGGCCCUGGAUAACAUGCGGGGUAAGAUUUUAUCAUGGUCGCCUUCUGCGGGAGAGGAGGCCUGCUGUUAGUCGCGCUUUGCUCCAGUCUGGUGUUUGUGGCUGUCGCGCAGUAUGACAAGUACAACUUCAGAAACUUCUCCGAGGAGGAGCUGCUGCCCCUGGCCGCGGCCUACGGGCGGGCGCUGGACCUCUACGCCGCACAGAACUGGACGGAGGCCGUGGAGCACCUGGAGCUGAGCUUGCGUCUGCACCGGCUGCUCAGGGACAGCGUGAGAUACUGCGUCAGACACUGCAACAACACCAACUAUGACGGAGAGCCCUCGUUCAUGGAGAACUGGGAGCUCCGUGUGUACUGGCACGUCAUGAUGAGAGCGUCCUGCAUGAAGAAGUGCAGAGAGCACCUCCGUGCGCUGCACCUCCCGUUUCCCACGGAGGAGAUCAUGGACGAGUUCAGGAGACGGGCUCCCUACAAAUACCUGCACUUUGCUCAUUCCAGCCUGAACGACCUCCAGAAGGCCGUGCCCUGCGCCUACACGUACCUGCAGAGGAACCCUCAUGACGAGGAGAUGAACCAAGUCAUGGAGCGAUACAGGAGCCAAUACGACCUGAGCGGCUACCUCACCGACCAUGAAGAACGAGCCCACGAGGCCUCCUUCCUGAAGGGAGUGCAGCUCGUCAGCUCAGGCGACUACAGCAGCAGCACUGAGCACAUGGAGAAAGCUCUGAGGCUCUACCUGCACGAGUAUGAAAUGUGUCAAGCAGAGUGUGAGGGCACCAGCCCGCUGUCGUCAGGCAGUGACCUCUACCCAGCACUCGCAGAGGCCUAUAUUGACGUGUUAAGGUGUCAGCUGAAGUGUGAGGACAACCUGAUGCCUAACGUUGGCGGCUAUUUUGUGGAGAAAUUCAUGGCCACUAUUUACCAUUACCUGCAAUAUGCGUAUUACAAGCUGAACAACGGCCGCAGUGCUGUGCCCUGUGCGGCCAGCUACCAGCUGUUUGAACCAGAGGACCAGGUCAUGAGGCAGAACCUGCUGUAUUACCAAGCCUACGAUCAACAGUGGGGCCUUCAGCCCAGCCACUUCACUCCGAGGACGGAGGCUCUUAAAUACCACAGCCAGAUGGUCACACAAAAGCAGAUGCUGGUGUUUGCAGAACAUUUCUUAAAAUUGGAUGAUGAGGAUUUUCUGGGUCCGGAGGAAGCUGCACGGCUGGCCUCGGACUCGCCCGACAUCGAGUUUGAAGGCAUGGGCGACUACGAGGAGUCCAUCUAUGCUAAAUGGUGGCAGCCUGAGGGGAAAGGAGAUGACGGGGAGUCGAAUGCAUGAACGCUGGAUGUUCACACAACUAAAGAAUAUGUUUGAACUUUAGAAGCAGAGAAAUGUUCAGAGGUAACUAAAAUCAAAGAAAGAAAGAAAUGAAAAAAUCGUUUAUGUAUUUGUGAGGCAAACAUCUCACAGGUUAACGUCACAUCCACCUGAAGGACCAAAGUGAACUGUGCAGCAUCAACACAACUGUGAAUUAUUUCAAUAAGAUGAACAUGAAACAAACAUCCAAUCACAAUC